AUGCCUGUAAUCCCGACAACUCUGACGGCCAAGCUACCCUUCUUCAGCCCGCAACACACAGACCUGGCGGGGAGGUCGCUGUUACCAGCCCCCACUCUGACGAGAAGACUGCCCAGCCCCAAGCGCUGUAGCGCCCCGGGGACCGCCACUCACGCGGAGCCAAUCGGAACUCGCGGCGGGGCUGCUGGGUCUUCCAGGAGCGCGCAUGAGCGGACGCUGGCUACGGGUGGCCGGUCGGGAUGUAACCGGCUGCUGAGCUGGCAGUUCUGUGUCCCGAGGCUUCCGCCCGGCCGCAGCCGCACAUACGCUGCGAGGAGGAGCUUUACGACUUCCCGGUCUUCGGGGCCAGGCGCAGCAAGGGCCAGACUCUGCCCUAGCAGGCGCUGCGCGCCAACCGGCUGGCACCUGUCGCAGAAGGUGCAACCGAUCGCACUGUCGCGCGGAAGCUCCUCAAUGGCCAGCUCCAGCUGCAGCCCCAGCCGCCCACUCGCCUCUCCUGAGCCUGGGUCAACUGAAAAAGUGUUUGAUGACAACUUGCAGCAUAGAGACAGAGAAGACACACGGGCAUAUGCUUUGGACUGCAAAAUCCCUAAGGUGUCCUUCCAAAUGUUAACUGGGGAUUCUAUAAAAGAAGCAACAAUGUUGAUUAUUUAAUUAUAGUAUUGAAAGAAGUGCUAUAGUGAGUCAACUUGGCUCACAAUACAAGACACUUGAAGACUAGAGCAUGCUCUUGGGUUCUUAAUAAACUGUGAUCAGUUUGUACCUCCAGGUGAACAUGCUUAUUUUGACCUUAUUGAAGUUUAUGCCUUUACCUGUUAGUGUCCUUUAUCUUCUCACAUCUAUUGUUGCCUUUGAAAAAUCCGUUGGGAAUUUUCUAAGUCUGAUCAUUUGUAAGAUAACUUUUCUUUUUUAGGUUAUGGGUUGUUUUUCUUAUCCCUUAUCUUUUUCUUUCUUCUCCAUCUUUUACUGGUAUAUAACUAGAAAUAGAUUUUAAAAUACUUUUCCAGACUUCAUAAGUUUUUAUAAUAUGAGAUUACAUGUUUCAUCAACUCUGAAAUAUCCUCAGUCAUUCUUUUCUUUGAAUAUUGUCUUCCCUAAUUCUCUUUAUUCUAUCCUUCCGGAAUUCUUUUCCAAAGAUUCUCUGGACAUUCUCAUUUCUUCUCCAUGUCUCUCCAAUUUUCUUAUAUUUUCUUUAUUUCUCGGUCUUUCCUUCUAAGCAAAGCUUGUGAAAAUUAAUGCUAUUCUCUUUCAUGGGCUCUUACCCUGGGAUGUCAGUUAUACAGAAAAAAAAAGUCGUAUUCAAGAAUGAGAAUCUAUUCUUGGUCUUUGGAGAUCAAGUCAGUGUUAAUUUAAAUAUGAGUUUAUUGGCCCUAUUUUCCUUCAGAUUUAGAAGGAUCUGUGAUUCUUUUCAAUACUGCGGCACUGUGUAACUUUCUUAGCUGGAAAACAGUGCACUUUUCCCUGAAAAUGAUAACUCAACUCUCCAUAAUGUCUCUUUCUAGUAUCAAAAUUUUAUGGUGCAUAAGUUCCACAGAAGGGUAAAUAUGUAAAUAAUGGCAUACAAUCUUAAUGAUUUUAAUCUUAUUGAAACACUUAUGCAAGUUAAAAUUUUAGUUUUGCUCUUGCUUGUAAUUUUGCGGCAAAUUUUCUCCAUUUCUUCUAGAUUUGAAUGGAAUUUAAAAAUAUCCCUAAACCUUUACUUUAUGAUUAAGAAUAUGAUCAUUGAGGGCAAACAAGAAGAGAUGAUUUUACACUGUUAUCAUGAGACAACUUUUUAAAAGACAAUUUUUAAUGAAUCAGCAAUUGCUGUUUUGAUACUAUAAAAGAUGCAACGUAUAAGAUAUAACUCGCUCUUCAGGAAGUUCAGGAGGACUUUCAAUUAAACAGUAAGAGCAAACUAAUAAGACAUGAGAUGUUUAGGAAAAGAAAUAUGCCUCUUGAGUUCUCAUCAGAUAUAUUUUUAACAGAGUUACAAGAAAAGAAAACCUUAAAUUCCUUCAUGUGCAUAAUGAAACACUGAUGAUGUUAUCCUUGGGAAGAUUUUUUUUUUCUGUGGAAUGUAUCCAUAUGGCCUUCAAAUUCUUGAACACCCUAGAAUGACAUUCUAAUUGAAGAACAACAGAAGAGAGGUCAAAGAAAAUAAAGCUUUAAACAUUCCAAGAAA